AUGUCGUCCACUUCUCACUCACCGUCGCCUGAAACCAUGACUCGGGCAAGCACAGCAGCUGACACUCCAGCCGCCGCAACACCUGGUUCAACCACAGCCGACCUACCAAACCUUGCAGAGAUGGCAAUCACGACACUAGUGGAGGAUCCUCCAGUCGAAAAGGAUACAGCAAAGCCGUCAAAAGCCACCGGAAAAGGAAAGAAAAGGGCAAGAGCGAGCGAUAGCUAUGAUAUUGCUGGGCACAUCGAUUCAUCGACACUGGAAAAGGCCAACAAGCGAGCAAGGGGAGAGAAGGUCAAAGAGGAAGAACAGACGACUUCGCUACCAAGUAUGGAACAGCCAGAGCUAAUCACAGGAGCAAGACUGAAGGACUAUCAACCGGAGGAAACUCUGCAAACAAUCUCAUUCCUUGCGCACAUGAAAUCCAAAGGGGUGUGGGGCCCGUUCCUCAUUGUCUGCCCUCUGAGUGUGCUGCACAACUGGAUAUCGGAGUUUGAGAAGUUCGCACCAUCAAUACCAGUGUGUAUGUAUCACGGCUCUCCUCAGCAUAGAGUCGAGCUGCGACAAACUGUACUACGACAGCCGACAUCCAACGCAUCACCACCUAAACCCAAGCGAGGACGAUCCAGGAAAAAGGCCGACAACGAACUGCCUGAACAAACAACAUAA